UACCUUGGUAAGGUAUCACGAGGCAAUACCCUCAUCCUCGAUGACGGCGCGGGCGAAUGGUUGCCGAGGUGGAGAAGUACAAAAGCGUAAGGAACGGACAGCAGUAGAUGCCGCAUUCAAGAGCUUCCCCCUACGAAUUGGAAGGCAGGAUCGGCAUGGCUCCCACCGUCUACCUUGUCACCGGAGGGAACCGCGGCAUUGGACUUGCAAUCGUCACUGCCCUUGCCCCCCGUCCUGACGUUGUCGUCUUCGCCGGUGCUCGCGAUCCUACUCGCUCUACCGACCUCCACGCGCUUGCCAACGCCCAUUCCGGACGCGUCCAUGUCAUCAAGAUCGUCUCCGCGGACAAGGAGAACAACAAAGCAGCCAUCGAAGAAAUCAAGCGGGUGGCAGGACGUCUCGACGUCGUUAUAGCAAACGCCGGCAUCGGCGACUCCUACGAAACGGCGCUCGAGGUACCGACCGAACAGAUGGUCAGGCAUUUCGAGAUCAACACCAACGGCCCCCUCGUCCUCUUCCAGGUUACCUACCCGCUUCUCCGAGAGAGCCAGAUGCCCAAAUUCGUGACCAUCUCCUCCGCGUUGGGUAGCAUCGCCCUAGCAGGUCAGAUGGCACUGAACGUCUACGCAUAUGGCGCCUCAAAGGCCGCCGUCAACUGGGUGAUGCGCAAGUUGCACCAUGACUUCCCUGACAUGGUUAUAUUCCCCAUCAGUCCCGGCCGCGUCCUCACUGACAUGGCGCAAGCGGCGUCUCGAGAUGACACCCAAGAGCAACGAGCCAUGAGGGACGCCUUCCCUGCUAUCACGCCAGAAGAGAGUGCUGGCGGAAUCCUCGAGCAAAUCAAUGUUGCGACGAGGGAGACGCACGGAGGGCAGUUCGUGGACGUUACCGGCCUCGGAAAGUAGGGUUGGUAGCAAUACGGUGGCUUCGCUGAUGGUCGGGAACCAGCCUGAACACCUGAUACUGUACUAAAGAAAAAGAUUCCUAUCUGAAAAUCCUUCUCUCAAUA